UCGGCAUCCGGUCUGAAGCUUGGACAAGCAGACAAGCGCCGGUCGCAUUUCUCGUCUAUCAUGGCUUUUGUGAGGACGUUUAGGUGGUUUCAGUGCGAUUUACGUGAACCCAAAGAUCUACUACAUUCACAUCCAUCAUUACCAUGGCAACUAAUAUCAGCUUUGAUGAAGAGGGCCUGAACCAAGGUGAGGAAGGGGGUGAAUCCUGUCCUGAUGCAACAAACAAUGUCCAAACUCACACAGGUGAGACAACCAGCAUGGAAACACCCACUGAUGACAACUACAUGAGUACUGAUGAGGAAGAGCUUGACGAGAAACCCUUCAUGUGUAGUAAAUGCAGCAUGAGGUUUGGUGAACUGGGCGAGUUGGGUUUACAUGUGAAACAAGCUCACGCCAGUCAGAAAGCUCGCAAGAAAACUCGCACUGCUGAGAAAACUCGCACUGCUGAGAAACCUUGUAUUGGUGAGAAACUUGACAUGCAAACUCACCCUGGUGACGUUGACAAACCUUCCAUGCCAACUCACGCUGUUGACGAGAAACAGCCAACUCACACUGAGAUAGUCUAUAGCUGUGAGGAGAGCAGCAAGCAAUUCAUCAGGGAACAGUAUCUCAUGCUCAAGACAGACCAGCAAACAGACACUGGUGAGGCACCAAACAUACAAACUCACAAUGAUGUGGAAGCCAACAUGGGAACUCACAAUGGUGAGCAAUUACACAUGAAAACUCACACCAGUGAGGAAGCUAACGAAAAACCCUUCAAGGAAACUGGUGAGAUACCAAACAUAGAAACUCAAACAGAGGUACCCAACAUGGAAACUCACACUGAUGAGGAACCCAGCAUGUGUGACAAGGAUGACGAAUGGGAAAGUGUUCAGGGCAUACAGGUACGUAACCUGAGGAAAAGAUUGCUUAGUCCAAGACAACCCCUCGUGUGCAAGGAGUGUGGCAAGCAGUUUAAGAAAUUGGACCACCUGAAGACCCACAUGCGGACCCACACUGGUGAGAAACCCUACAGUUGUAAGGAGUGUAGCAAGUGCUUUAGUGGUGGCUCUGCCCUCAGGAAGCACUUGAUAAGUCACUCUGGGGAGAAACCUUACAGCUGUGACGAGUGUGACAAGAAGUUUGGUCAGCGGAGUACUCUAAACCGACACAAGUUGAUCCACUCUGGUGAGAAGCCUUACAAGUGUGAGGAGUGCGACAUGCGGUUCAGGCUACAAGGGGAACUGAAGUCUCACAUGCAAACGUGCACUAGGGAGAAAGGCAGCGGUGGCAAGAAAAAGUGAGAGGAGUAUGCCGCACGUGUAAGGAA